AUGUCUUUCCUUCAUAAUCAUUCUUGCGAGUGCGUUAAGUCAGAAUUGGAUUUGUUUGCACUACCGUCUACACAAACUAGCAUUGAAAAUGGAUUGUGGAUUCAUUAUAAACCAACUUCAUCUCUUGGUGAUGAUGGACCUAUCGAGUUUCAAGUUCCUGGGACCGGCGAUGACUACAUAGAUUUGUCUCAUACAUUACUCCACAUAAAGGCAAAAGUAUUAAAUCAAGAUUCAACUAACUUGGUAUCUACUACAAUAGUAGCACCUGUAAAUAAUUGGCUGCAUUCACUUUUUAGUCAACUUGAUGUUUAUUUAAACCAAAAACUUGUAUCACCACCUAAUAAUACCUAUGCAUAUCGAGCAUACAUGGAAACCCUUUUAAACUAUGCCCCUGCUGCUAAACAAUCUCAUCUUACUUGUAGUCUUUGGUAUGAGGAUACAGCAGGAAAAAUGGAUUCUUCAGAUGGUAAAAACAUAGGAUUUGUUAAAAGACAGGAAUUGAUUAGUGAAAGUAAGGAAAUAGAAAUGAUUGGUCAUCUUCACGGUGACAUUUUUAACCAAGAUAAAUUUUUAAUUAAUGGUGUUGAAAUGAGUGUUAAAUUGGUUCGAUCAAGAGAGAGUUUUAAUUUAAUUGUUGGGUCGAACGAUGUAAAGUUUAAAGUUUGCAUUACGGACGCAACUCUUAUUGUGCGACGAGCACGAAUUAAUCCAAGUGUAUUACUCGCACAUCAAAAAGUUUUAGCUUCUACCACUGCUAAAUAUCCUAUUACUCGAGCUGAAGUAAAAGUUUUAACAAUUCCUUCAGGUGUUCAAGGAAAAACUCUUGAUAAUAUAUUUUUAGAACAGGUACCGAAAAGAUGUAUAAUUGGAUUUGUGAACAAUUCUGCAUUUAAUGGUUCCCUUACUAAAAAUCCAUUUAACUUUGAAAACUAUGGUAUUAAUUCUUUCAGCUUAUAUAUUGAUGGUCAACAAAUACCUUCAAAAGCUUUGCAACCAUCUUUUAAUAAUAGCAUAUUUACAUCAGCAUAUCAUACUCUAUUCUCGGGAACUGGUAUUCACUUUCUUAAUGAAGGAAAUGGAAUCUCUUGUGAACAGUAUGGCAAAGGUUACUGUCUAUUAGCAUUUGACUUAACUCCUGAUUUAUCAGCUAACUCAUCAACUCAUUGGAAUCUCAUAAAGCAUGGUAGUGUAAGAAUAGAAGUACGAUUUGAAUCCUCAUUAAUACAAACAAUUAACUGUAUAGUUUAUGCUGAGUUUGAUAAUAUUAUUGAGAUAGAUAAAAACAGAAAUGUUACUGUAGACUAUAGUAGUUAA